GCUACAGUCGAUUCUGAACUUUCGGAUUGAGUGUGCUGGAGGACGCUGUCACAGAGUUUCUUCUCUGGUCUAUUUCAACACGCGUGGAUCGAAGUAAAUUUAAUAUGAAAACAUGUCUGUAAAUGAAGUGUACGUUUUCAGACCAUUCAAGUUGAUUGCUUUACUUUGUGUCUUUCUGGCAUUGUGUCUGGACAUUGUAGCGUUAUUGAGUCCCGCCUGGGUAACCGCGGAGCGGUUUUCUUUGUCGCUAUGGGAAUCAUGCACCGAAAAAGAUUCUGGCUGGAGAUGCCUUUCCACCCUCAAAUCUGACUGGCAGAUAGCCACCCUUGUGUUGCUGCUGGCCGGUGCUGCGGUGACUCUGGUGGCCUUCCUGGUGGCUCUCAUCUCCCUGUGCCGGGGGACACACAGACAGCACUACCGCACAGUAGCCGUGUUCAUGUUCGCUGCAGUGGUCCUUCAGGCAUGUGCACUGGUCCUCUACCCAAUCAAGUUCAUUGAUGGGACCGUCCUGCAGACCUACCAUGAGUUCAACUGGGGCUAUGGACUGGGCUGGGGAGCUACCAUCUUUAUGCUCGGGGGAGGCAUCCUCUUCUGCCUCCGGACAGACAUGUAUGAGGACGCUAUGUACUGAGCCCUCAUCUCUCUCCUUCUCCAACUCUCUCUAUCUCUCUCUUGUGCUUUCUGUCACACACACACACACACACACACACACACACACACACACACACACACACACACACACACAUAAAUAUUCACACCCAUACUCUGGUACAACAACACACACACACACACACAAAUAAAUAUUCACACCCAUACUCUGGUACAACAACACACACACACACACACACGCGCACACACACACACGCACGCAUACACACUCACACGAGCACACUCACGCACGCACACACAAAUAAAUAUUCACACCCAUACUCUGGUACAACAACACACACACAAAAUAAAUAUUCAGACCCAUACUCUGGUACAACAACAUACACUCACACACACACGCACACAAAAUAAAUAUUUAGACCAAUACUCUGGUACAACAACACACACACACACACAUAAACAUACACACAUAUGCACAUUUACACGCAUCGCCUUCCUCUGCCAACAUAGACACCUACAUAUAUCUCACAGACACCACUCCACGCUGUUAUUUAUAGACAGAGUGUGAGGACCUGUUCUAAGACAGGGCUCCUGGCUCUGGCUGAUCAUCGGGAGAGGUGAAGUGGGAGGAACAGCUGUGUGGGGAGAGUGUCUGUCUGUCCUCAGUGGGCUCCCAGAGACCCCCACCACAGUCAGACAGAUGGUGAAGCUGUUAAAGCACAGAGAUGGUUUUGGACAGAGAUGGGCCACUCGACCUAUGAACUUUUCUACAGCACAUCCCAUGGAUCUCCAUUCGUAGAGGAACAAGAAAGAUUAUCUGAGCCCUCCCCUCUGAGCUGAGGUGUUUAUAUAAGGGAUUGGUAUACAUUCCGUUUAUUGGAUGUAUUUUUUUGGUUUAGAAUUUCAUGGUGACACAUCAAAUUAGGGAUGUAUUGAUGUUAUCAUUUAUCUUGCUAUCCGAUCUCCCACAGGAAGAUAUAUUUUAUGUAUUGCUGUUUGAUAAUUGCAGUUUCUCAACACUGAUAACUUCACAUGGGAUCAGAGGUGAGUCCCUAGCUACGUGUCUCCAUAGCUGAAACAUAGCUGGUUUUGCCAGCUCCUUACAUUUGAAGUGUAAAAUAAACAGUACUGUUAUAUAUGCGAAAA